UCGUCAUGCUGCUCAUUGAAUGUCUCACCACCGCGCAACGUUCGUCACCCUCGAAAGACUUGGUGUCUGAAGCGUGGGUAGCCCUACCUGUUUGCAUCCGUCGGGGUCUGCUGACUGCAAAGCCCUUGUUGAUUGAGUCUGAGACGGAUGCACAUCAGCAAUGCACUCAGACCGGAGACGAAAGGGUCGAGGGUCCGGCGAGGUCUCUACUUGGCUGACCUGAAAGUUGCUCUUGCGUACCAAGGGUCCGAAAAACGAACAUCCUUUGGCCCAUGGCACGCCAUCAAUCCAGGCGCAGCUAGCUGGACGACGGAAAAGUCACGGAAUCGUGCUUCGAAGAAGGCUUCGGGGCAGCAAAGGAAGCCACGACGGCAUCGUAAGCGAGGGGGCGGAAAAAGCUGCUUGCACUCCCACCCACCUGGCCCCUCCGUCAUUGAAGCUCCGCCCGCCAAUGCCCGUCUGGCAACCCCCAAGGUCGUGGCCCCGCCGCAUUCCGUUCUCCUACGCAGUGCUUGGAGCACAUAGGGCGGAGUGAGGCUGAGGGUCAAUAGAAGCAUGACACUAAGUCUUACAGAUUCUCCACUCCAUGCAAUGCGGCAACAAUUGUGUCUUCCACUCUCUACAUGCUCAGACCCUUGGCCCCUCCGCCUGGGCCCCCUCUUCUUUCGUGUUCCGCCGGCUAGCAUUCCCGGGUGCAGUAGAAAAUUUGAAUGAAUGUCU